AAAUAAAACGUCAACAUGACACUUCACUUGACAACUCAGCCAGCCAGCUGGGUAGUUACUCUCGAUAGUUUUUCUGCAAAAUUCAGGAUAUUUCACAGAAAAAUGUCUACUGUCGAAGAAUUACAGAAGAAAGUGCAAGAGUUGGAGGCCAAACUAGCGGCCGUCCAUGGAAGCACGGGCCCAGUGCGGCAGAAAAUUGACGUUAUGUCGUCCGAAGUUGUGGAUUCUAAUCCCUACAGUCGUCUCAUGGCACUAAAGAGGAUGGGUAUAGUGGACAACUACGAGAAGAUCCGAGAGCUGUCAGUAGCAGUAGUGGGUGUUGGUGGUGUCGGCAGUGUCACUGCGGAGAUGCUCACCCGUUGUGGCAUUGGGAAGCUAAUCCUCUUCGACUAUGACAAGGUAGAGUUGGCCAAUAUGAACCGGCUCUUCUUUCAACCGCACCAAGCUGGCCUCAGCAAGGUGGCUGCGGCCGCCGCUACACUGCAGAACAUUAACCCUGAUGUCGCUAUUGAUGCAUACAACUAUAAUAUUACAACAGUGGAGAAUUUCCAGAAGUUCUGUGAUGCUAUUAGCACUGGCAGUUUGACCGGGGGCCCAGUGGAUCUGGUCCUCAGCUGCGUGGACAACUUCGAGGCUCGCAUGGCCAUCAAUACAGCCUGCAACGAGCUCAACCAGAAAUGGUUUGAAAGCGGAGUCAGUGAGAAUGCUGUAUCGGGGCAUAUACAGUUCAUUGUACCCGGAGUGACCGCCUGUUUUGCUUGUGCACCCCCUCUCGUGGUGGCUUCUAAAAUCGACGAGCGCACACUAAAACGCGAGGGCGUGUGUGCGGCCAGUUUACCUACUACUAUGGGCAUCGUUGCCGGAUUCCUUGUACAAAACACACUGAAGCAGCUGCUAGGAUUUGGAACGGUCAGCCACUACCUGGGUUACAGCGCACUUACGGACUUCUUCCCUAUGAUGAGCUUGAAGCCGAACACGCAAUGCGAUGACAACCACUGCCGCACGCGUCAGAUCGAGGCGCGAGCGCGGCCGCAAGUAGAGGUCGCCACUGAAGUCACCGAGGACGCCGGACCAGUCCAUGCUGACAACGAAUGGGGAAUCAGUUUGGUGGAUGAAAAUUGUCCCGAAGAUGAAGAUACCUCCAAUUUAAAAUUAGUUGACGGUGUUCAGGUAGCCUAUAGCAUACCUGUGGACAAUAGUACUCCUGAAUCGAGCACAGGUGGCGCUGUGGCCGCCUCCGAGCUCUCUCUCGAAGAACUCAUGCAGCAGAUGAAAUCCAUCUAAACUUGGUUUAGAUAGAUAUGGCGAAAAGGUAUAGGUAUAUAAUAGGUACCAUAAAUAUCAAGCUGACUUUAUAAAAAAAAACCCCUGCAGCUUCAAACAUGUAUGGCAGGUAAAAUGCGUAUUUUUUUUGUAAAUUGCACAACAGAAGUAUCGUCACAAACGUCAAACACCUUUUAAAAACGUGUUAGAAAGUUAUUGUUCCAUAUAUUCAUAAAACAUUGCUUUUAUGCGAUGGCUUUUAAGUAAAUUCCUUGGAGAUACGAAUUAAUGCUGAUUUUUGACAACAGUAUAAUUAUAUAUAGUUUGUCAAGCCAACUCCGUCAGUAGAAAAAAGCGGCAAUUUUAAAAUGUGGUGACGGGAAGGGUAAUCGUCCCAUAGAAAAUUUGAAUUUCGCGCCUUUAUCUACUGACAAAGUUGUUUAACCGGCUAUACUUAUAAUUAAUGUUUCAGUCUAGCCAAUAAUUUACAUUAGGUACUAUAACAGGCUAUAAUUAUUAUUAUUAUUAAUUCUUUAUUUCAGAUAAAUUUUAUCCAUACAAUUGUUAGUUUGGCUUAUGACUACGUUAUUUACUUACUACUACUACAUUAAAUAACUAUUUACUUAUUAUUAGGUCAACCCAAAAUUUCAGGAAGGUACAAUCCACCCUCUCUGCUAUGACCUUAAGUAUACUGUUGUGACUGCCCCGCACCCGACACAACAGAGACGCUAUUCGUUUACGUCGGAUGGCAUAGAAGUCAUCAGUUCGUUCCGCGGCGAACAUCCCUGAAGCGCUGCAGUAACGGGGCAGUCCCAACAGCAUCCUGAAGGCGUCGUUGUAUUGGAUUCGGAGGGCGUUGUACGCCUUUUGAGUAUAGUAUAAUAAAAAAUAUAGGCGCAGAAAAUAUACCAUCUAAAAUAGGGACAUUUAACUUAUAUUGCUGUCUCGCUCAUAAUGCCGGCAUUUAAUGUCACUGAGCGAGCGAGACAGUAAUAUGUAUAAUUAUGCGUGUGGGAUAGAGAAAGGAAAUGGCAGGUAAUUGUACGAAAAUCUUCGCUCUUCGCGUCAUAAUUUUUAAAGGACCAUGGGGAACUUUGUAUGGAGCCUGGACCCAACGCCAACAGAAAUGAGAGUAAGGUCAUUAGAUAGGUAUUUCUAUGUACUUAAUUUUUUUCUAUGGGCACCAAUCGGAAUUCCAUUGCAGAACUGAGAUAUUGGUAUUUUAGUCAAAAUGUCGUCACCCUUAUUACCUAGGCAAUAGAGUCCAAGUAAGUAAAUUAAUUGCUGCAGGGUAGAUGUUCGCGCACCGCCGAGUGAGCACACCGAAUGAUCUGCCGCGCUCGCCCGGCGGUGGACUCUAUUACCUAGGUAAUAAGGGUGACCACAUUUUGACUAAUAUACCAAAUUCUCAGUUCUGCAAUGGAAUUCCGCUUGGUGCCCAUAGAGCGAAAUGAAGUACAGAAAAAUCCCUAUCUAAUGACCUUACUCUCAACUCUGUUGGUUUUGGGGCAAUUUUGACGCAUAGUCCUUUGCGCCUUUAUUAUUUUAAGGUAAUUAUUGGCUACAUUAUAUUUAAAAUAAUAUGAUAUAUGUCGCAUUCCAUAAAGACAAAUGUUUGUGGUAUAUUAACGUGCUGUUGAAUGUAUUUUGUGAUUCCGCAUUUUAUAUUACUAAGAUUAUGAAAUGUAGGUAAGAUACAGCUUGGCAAAAAAGAGUAGAAAUUAAAA